AUGGCCAAAAGUAUCGAAGAAUCAAAUGAAAUCUGCCAUAAUAGAUCUUAUUAUGAAACAGCCAUACAUGAAAAGGUCGGAUUUCAUGUUGUUCUUAAGAGCUUAAAUAAUAUUAACGAGGAUUCUUUAAAUGAGUGGGAAAAUUAUUUAGAAUUUUUAUAUUCAGCUAUAAAUAACUAUGCAAAUUUUGUGAGAGUGUUUGGGAUAACUCAAGAUCCAGUAACAAAAGUUUAUAUGGUCGUAUUAGAAGAAAUGAAGAGAGGGAGUUUAAGAGAUAAUUUAUUAAUAAAAAAAUAUAAUCCAAAUGAUAAAUAUCAUAAUUUAUACGAAAUAGCAUGUUCACUUUCAGCUUUAUCCAAGUCUAGUAUGACUCAUGGAGAUUUACAUAACGGAAACUUGCUCUUAAAAGAUGAAUUCCAUAUAUAUAUAAGUGAUUUUGGACAGAGUAGACAAUAUAAUCAAUCAAUUAAUUCCAAGGAUAUUUAUGGAAUAAUUCCUUAUAUGGCACCAGAAGUAUUACGUGGAAAACCAUAUACUAAAGCUUCAGAUAUUUAUAGCUUCGGUGUUAUUAUGUGGGAGUUUACAUCAGGAGUUUCAGCAUUUCAUGAUAUUCCUCAUGAUUUUGAUCUUUCUUUACAAAUAUGUAAAGGACAUAGACCAGAAAUUAUAGAAGGCACAGAACCUGAUUAUGUAGAAUUAAUGAAAAGAUGUUGGGAUAAUGAUCCUAAUAAAAGACCAACUGCGAAAGAAUUAUCAGAAAUAUUUGAUGUAUGGUCGGCAAAAUAUCUUAUGGAAAUGGACUAUGAUAAGAGAAAAUCAGUACCGGUACCUACUAUUAUAGAGAAUCAUCCAUUAUCCUGUUAUAUAAGCAGAAAAAUCGAUCAUUAUGCAAAAUUAAAUGAAAUUUUAGAUCAAGGAGAAUUAAGUUCAAUAAUUGUGAUUGAUGAAGGAAAAGAUAAUAUUGAAUCAAGAGAAGAUUCAGAUGAAUUAGAAGAUUUAAAGAUUUAA